UUUCCUCAUCCAAACACAUCCGUGGACAACUCCUGGCCACACCUCCUCAUUUUUCUGGAUCGGGAAUGAGAUACUGAGGAGGCAGCACACCGUUGUUUGGAUGCUCGCGACGCCGACUUUCGCUCCCUCGCCAUGCUCCGCCGCAUUCGCCCCCGCAAGUCCUACGACAAUCCUUCAUGGACCACAUGAGAUUCAGCUCACACGUGUGCUACUGCACGACCACACCGUGCUGUGAACCGGUGUUUGCUGUGAGCUGCGACGGGCAAGCGACGGUUGGUGACCACGACCGGCGAGUGCUACAAUUGCGGCAACCAGAUGCUGGGACCAACGCUCAGUUUUGCUACCACCAACGUUUUGAUUUGGCCCAAUCUUACAUUUUUUGCUACCACCGUUUUUUGUUUUGCUGGAACCAGAACAAUUUUUUGCUACCAACAACAUUUCGGUUUUGUUGGAAUCAAUGCCAAAUUUUUGCAAUUUGCUACAACCGGCGUUUUGGUUUGCUGGAACCAGCAGCAUUUUUGCUACAACCGGCAUUUUUUGCUUUGUUGGAAGAACGCCCAAUUUUGCAUUUUUGCUACCAAUGUCAUUUUGAUUUGCUGGAGCCACCUUCAACUUUUGCUGCCACCGGUGUUUCGGUUUUUGCUAUAACAUCGCCCAAUUUUGAAUUUUUGCUUCCACCGUUUUUAAUUUUGCUGGAACCCGCACAAAAAUUUGCUACCACCGCUGUUGGCUGCGAGCUAUGGCGUCGUCGCCAUUGAAUCUGCAGGGGGUGAGGGGGCGUAGUACCGGCGAGGGGCGAGCGGCGGCGGUGGCUGUCGACAGAGGGACGACACACGCUAUGCGGCGCGGCGGAGGUUGCUGCCGCCAUGUCUCCCUGUGUUUGGUGGAGGUUGCUGCAUCCCGAGGAUGUGGACGGGCUUCGGACACGGCGCGGAUACUGCGAGGAGCGGGGCUGACGUCGAGAGGAUGCUGCUUUUGUGCCUCGCCAGAACUGCACGCGUGUGGAUUGAAGCCAGCCGAAGCCUCCGCUGCCUCGCCGCCGGCACAGGAGCCCAGCAGCGCCUCCUUCCGCCGCUCCCUCCCAACAACGCCGCCGCCCGGAGCUACGCCGCUGACCAGUCCAUAGGCAGAAUCCGCAGCUCAAUCUAACACACCCUAAUUCUAUCCCUUUGGAAUUUGGAGUUGGAACACGGCAUCAACAUUGUCAAUUGGAGAGGCUUGGAGCUGCUUCGGCAUCCUCAGAACAAACAAAAAGCUUCUUUUUGGGACUUCCCAGAGAUAUUCAUGCACCUUCAUGCCUUAUUCACCUUUCCUUCCUUGUCAAAUGUGUGGAGUUGCAGUGAGGAAUAGUUCAAUAAGGAAAAUGUCUCUAAGAACUAGCUCUCAGCUCGCCCUACAGCUCAAAAGUAGUGUCUUUUUUACUACUGGGCUCUCGGGUUAUCACAGUUUUGUAAGUUCCAGAACAGCAGAUGUCUGUGGAGUUGCUUUAAAGGCUACCAAUAGUGUUAAUUCACGGUUCUUCUCAACUGCAUACGGUAAAAAGUUAAGGUUUCUCAUUAGCAAUAAGAGCUCAUUUAUCAAUCCAAAUAUAAAUAGGGAAGAUGGAGGUGCUGCCCAUAGGUACUUCCAUAGAUCUGAGAGACGCCAAAGCACACUAGCUGCAUGCAGCACCAUCGCUGAUGAGGCUUCCACAUCUACGAGCAAGUGCAGUGAGAGUGGUACAGGUACUAAAAAGGACAUUGCGAAGAAUAAAAAUUCUGGAGGCAGCAAAAAAGAAGUUAGCACAGAUGUGAAAGAAAAGAAAGUAUCUACCAAGAAAAAGAGCAGUUCUACUAAAACUAGUAAAUCAGCAGCAAAUACAACUGAGAAAGCAAGUGCGAAGCAAGAAGAAAAGAAGGCCGACACAUCUAAAUCAAAGAAAGGGGUUGGUAGUUCCAAAGAGAGAAAAACAGUAACCAGUUCGAAGAAAUCUUUGGAAGCAAAGGAAUCUGCUGCUAUUGCAGCUGCCGAAGCCAAUAAUUACAUGAAGACCACUGUUGAUGCUUCUGGUAGUGAGAGGAGGCCACUUGUACCUCUGUACCCCCCCUUAGCUAAAUCAGUUGUUGUUGUUGAAUCAGUUACAAAAGCAAAAGUUAUUCAACAAUACCUUGGGGACAUGUACGAAGUAUUACCCAGCUAUGGUCAUGUGAGAGAUCUAGCUCGAAGGUCAAGAUCUGUCCGCCCUGAGGACGACUUCAGCAUGGUAUGGGAGGUGCCUAAUGGUGCCUGGACAUGCCUUAAAAGUAUUAAAGUUGCAUUGAAAGGAGCAGAAAAUUUGAUUCUCGCUUCUGAUCCUGACCGUGAAGGUGAAGCAAUUGCUUGGCACAUAAAAGAAAUGCUUGAACAGAACUUGGCUUGCCAUGUUACUGUUGCAAGAGUUGUCUUCCAUGAAAUUACAGAGGAUGCUAUUAAAAACGCCUUAAUGUCUCCAAGAUAUAUUGAUAUGGACUUAGUUAAUGCUUAUCUUGCACGCCGUUCCCUUGAUUAUUUGAUUGGGUUCGCCAUAUCACCACUUUUAUGGAGGAAGUUGCCUGGUUGUCAGUCCGCUGGACGAGUCCAGUCUGCAGCUUUGUCUGUUGUUUGUGAUCGGGAGACUGAAAUAGAAAAGUUUAGCCCACAGGAAUAUUGGACUGCUGAUACUGAAUUUGAAACCCAGUGUUCAGAUUCUUCAAAAGGCAUAUGUCUUACAUCCUGGAUAAAGCAUCUCAAUUCAAAAAAGUUGGAUCAGCUUUCUAUAAGCUCUCAAGAAGAAGCACGAGCUCUAGAAAAGAGGAUUUAUUCUUGCCAAUUUGAAGUAAGAGGUGUUCAUAGAAGCAAAAUUCACAAGAAUCCUCCGAUGCCAUAUAUAACGUCCAGCCUUCAGCAAGAUGCAGCAAACAAACUACAUUUUGGUGCAGGGCAUACCAUGAAGGUAGCCCAGAAGCUUUAUGAAGGGAUCAAUCUUUCGUCAGAACAAGCAACAGGAUUAAUAACUUACCUCAGAACAGAUGGGUUUCAUAUUUCUCAUGGAGCUGCAGAAGAUAUUCGUUCGUUAGUGAAACAAAGGUAUGGUGAGCAAUAUGCAUCAGAGGAUAUUAGGAAGUACUUGAAGAAGGUGAAAAAUGCUCAAGAGGCCCAUGAAGCCAUAAGGCCCACCAGCAUAAGGAGGUUGCCAUCAUCUUUGAUUGGAGUACUUGAUGAGGAUUCUUUGAAACUGUACACUCUAAUAUGGAGAAGAACAAUGGCUUGCCAAAUGGAAGCUUCAAGGACUGAGCUGAUACAAGUUGGUAUUGGUAAUCCUGAAGGAGACAUGAUUUUUCAUUCAUCUGCAUCAAGGCUUGACUUCAAGGGGUACCAAGCUGUCUAUGAGGACACUGAAGCAAGUGGGUCCAGUGAAAACCCCGAAGGGGAAACUGCACAUCAGGAUAAUUUCGAGGCCUUGUCCAAAUUAGAGAUGAAGGAUUUGGUGUCUCCCGUUAACGUGAAUCUUGAACAGCACUUUACUAAACCUCUGUCCCGUUAUUCUGAGGGUGCAUUGAUUAAAAAGAUGGAGGAACUUGGAAUCGGAAGGCCGUCUACGUACGCCUCUAUAAUGAGGGUGUUGCAGGACCGGAAAUACGUGACAGUAAAAAGUCGUGUUCUGCACCCUGAAUUCCGCGGUCGAAUGGUCUCAGCAUUUCUUUCACAUCUUUUCUCUGAGAUUGUCGAUUACAGCUUUACUGCUAACAUGGAGACGGAGCUAGACAAUAUCUCUGCUGGGUCAACUGAAUGGAAGGGUCUCCUGAAAGAUUACUGGGAACGACUCAGCAAAUAUUGCGGAGAUGCUAGUCAGUGGGAUGUCAGAAAGGUAGAGAGAAUGCUUGAAGAGAAAUUCCGUCCUAUCCUCUUUCCUGACCUUGACACCGAUAGUAGGAUUUGCCCUAGUUGUUCUGAAGGAACCCUCAGAUUUAAAGUUAGCAGGUAUGGUGAAGGCUCUUUUAUAGGCUGCGAUCGACAUCCGAAGUGCAAGUACAUCGCUCGCACAUUAUCAGAUGAAGAUGAUGAAAAUGAAACCUCCGAGCAAAUUCCAAGGUCUUUUGAACCUAGGUUACUUGGUAUCAUGCCUGAUACAAGUGAAAAGGUCUUCUUGAAACAAGGUCCUUAUGGUUACUACAUCCAGGUUGGAGAGGAUCGGAAGGGGGCAUCUCAGAAAAGAGCUCCUCUUUCUGAGGUCAAAGAUGUUGAGACUAUCACUAUCAAAGAUGCAAUUGAGCUAUUGCAGUAUCCAAAAAUUCUGGGAAAACAUCCUGAUGACGAGCAUCGAGUACUUAUGACACAUUCUAAAGCUGGAUUUAGUAUCCGGCACAGGGGAACCCUUGCUCCAGUGCCAAAGACUCAAGACCCAAAGAAGAUUACGCUCGAGCAUGCACUGAAGUUUCUGACGGGUAAAAAUGCCAAACAUAAUGGUCGACCAAAGGGAAAAACUAACAAAAAUGCAGAACCCAUCGAAUGGCAUUAAGUGAUCAGCUGCCACAAAUCCAACGUGGAAACUUGCACACGCCCAAAACCACAAAGGUCAAUGUCAAGCUCAAGCUUGUCCACAAAAUUCAGAGUGGAUCAGGGAUAAGAAUGAGCAGUCAGUAUUUAUUCAAGUGGUCGUGUGCCUCAAUUCCCAGUAAUGCUUUUUGAUGCUGAUGGAUCUGCAUGCGCGGCAGGACAAUUGGUCAAGUAAGCAUAUAAAACAUGUGCUCAGAUGCUCAUGCCUUCUGAGUUGUAUUUCUUGCCGGAUUUCUCCGUACUACGAGGUUAUAUACGGCAGACGAGUAACAUCUCUCAUUCUUUUACGGGGUCGCCGUCAGCAGCUGUAUAGAGAACAUAGAUCAUAUUGCCAAAUAAUGUAAAAUUAAGAGUUUUGGUGGUUUGAUUUAAAGGUCACUGAUUGUUGGUUGCAA